GAUCCGGAAAUGUUCAGGGGAGCCACGUGGGUGGGAGAGGGAAGGAUGGAGCGGGAGCAGAAGCGCUUCGAUUCCGGCGAUCUGCCGGCGCUGCGCCGGAUCGUAUGCGAGCAGGGGCUGCUUUCCCGGCCCGACGGCUCCGCGUCUUGGAUGCAGGGGGAAACAUCUGUGGUAGUGGGUGUCUACGGACCUACGGAAGUCAAAGUUAGCAAGGAGAUCUAUGACAAAGCUACCUUGGAAGUGCUGCUGAAGCCCAAAAUUGGGCUGCCAGGGGUCUACGAGAGAAGCCGGGAACAGAUGAUCAAGAAGACAUGUGAGGCGGUCGUCUUGGGGACCCUGCAUCCUCGUUCCUCCAUCACGAUAGUACUUCAGGUCAUUACAGAUGCUGGUUCUCUACUGUCAAGCUCCUUGAAUGCUACGUGCAUGGGCCUCAUGGAUGCGGGACUUCCCCUGAAUUCCUUGUUCUGCAGCGUGACGUGUGCUUUGGACGCAGAGGGCGCUAUCACCCUGGACCCCACAGCGAAGCAAGAGAAGGAAGCCCGAGCGAUCCUGACAUUUGCUGUCGACAGCGCGGAGAAGAAGGUGUUGAUGUCCAACACCAAGGGGACCUUCUCUGAGGAAGAGCUCCAGCAGUGCAUCGCCACCUCACAACGAGCCGCGGACACCAUCUUCCAGUUUUACCAGGACUCCACUCACAGGAAGUACUCCAAGUGGUGACUCCGCCCACAAGGGGAACAGAACAGAGACCGGCUGUUUAAGGCACGCAGGGGGAGCCGAUGGGAUCGUUCCUGCUUUUCUGGCUCCUCCCAAACGGCACGGCGGUGCAGUUCGAUUGCCGUCGACUGAGCUUGCGUAACAGACUGCGGGUCGGGAUUGCGAGAAGGUGGAAGUACGUGCCAGACAGCCCUCACCACUGUGCCCUCUACCCCUCAGGACUAUAAUGCACGCCCCUCUGCGAUAGGAUGUUCCGUAUCUUCCUAGAGUACAGACUUUUCCAUUUCUGUUGCAUUUUGAUAUGCACAUUUGUUGUUCUUCAACCAAAGCUUCAGUUGCAACUAGGCUGUGUAGAAGAAGUUUCAUCUCUGGCCUAAAUGUGGAUAUGGAUUCCUUUCUGAUCUCUCUCUCUCUCUCUUUCUCUUUCUCUGUCUAAAAUAGUAGUUUUAUGAUCAUUAAAGGUCACUGAAUUUUUUGCUUGCCGUCUUUGCUAGAAGCUGUUCUUUUAGCCACGCUAAUAAAGAGAGGGGGAAAGAUU